AUCCAAUUUGCCCUCCGCAUUUCUCCAUAUACUGAGCUUCCUCGGUGACCUUGACAACAUGCGGGAGAACAUUCACAAUGGGCUGGUUAACACACCGCCGUCCAGCGCUACCCACUCACUCAGAGAAGAAUGCGGCCUACAGUGAACAUGUCGAAGAUAUCACCCCAUCACCAACACAGCUGCAGACUCGCACAUUCCUAGACCGGGAAUACCCCAGUCAAGACCCCUCAACUGCAGACUCAGACCUCCCCUACAUCGACCCGGCAGUCCUCUCCCUCGUGGAAAAGUCCUGGAAUUCAGCUUUAACUGCAGACAAAUCACACAAUACAGAUACAAGUCCGCCAUUCCCACCCGCCUGGAUUGUAAUCGAUAAUAUCGUCUACGACUGCACAGAUUUCCAACACCACCACCCCGGCGGCUCCGUUGUGAUUCGCAGCUUCGUGGGGCAGGACUGCUCAUGGCAGUUUUGGAGGUUUCAUGGCAAAGAACAGAUGAAGAGGGCUGGAACAGGAUUGAGGAUUGGGAGGACGAGCGGAGUGAGGAAUCGAUUUACGGAGACUCCGAGAUAUGUUGGGUCGAGCAGUUUGGAUGAUUGGUGAUUAUCUGAUGCGUGUUAAUAGACUAUGAAUGUUGUAUACUAAGAUACUUGGUAUUUACAAAGACCAUCGAUACUGGAGAUCGGGUAUAUCGGUAGACUACCAGCUCAAUACUACUUAGAAUAGAAUAAGCAUA